GCAACCCCAUCGAGAAAGCACCCAAUUUGAACGACGUAUCUCUCUCUCUCUCUCUCUGUCCCCCAAAAAACUUGAUACGAAAAAAAUACAGAACUUUUGGCGCUGAAAAUGCCUGAAAUCAACAAGAAGAGGAAAGUAAAGGCGUCAUGGGAGUUGAUAGGGCGUUGUGUUGUGUCAUUAAUCUCUGUCUUCCUCACUCAGUUUGCCUUGUACAUGGUCCCUCACUUGUUUCCCCUCUCCUCCCUCCUUACCCUUCUCUCUCUCUCAGUUCUAGUGCUGAUGGCAGUGGUUGGUUUCGGUAGAUGCUGCAAGAAACUUGUUGGAGUGCGUGCAUCGGCUCCGGCUUUCGUUUUCUUCAAUAUAUUGUCCAUUUGGUGCGUUCAUAUUGCUGUGGUUCGGCAAGCCAUCUCACCUUUGUUGGACAUUGUAUUCAACAUGGAACUUCUUAUGCUUGUAACUGGUCUAUGUUGUAUCUUGUCAAGUGACCCUGGUUUCAUUAUGCACCAAUCUUCCAGUCUUGAAAAACAUGAAGUAGAAGCCCAUUCAGAGGAAUUGGAGCUUUUGAGUUGUGGCAUGCCACAAGAUUUUCCUGUUGAAGGAAGUUCUGUGUUGGUUCAGAGGGCAAGAUAUUGCAGGCAAUGCAAGGCGUAUGUAAAGGGAUUUGAUCACCAUUGUCCUGCUUUUGGGAACUGUAUAGGUCAAGGAAACCAUGCCCUCUUCAUAUUUCUCCUAGUUGGAUUUAUUAUAUCUGAGUGUUCUUACAUCACAUGCUCAUCUCAGUUUUCCACAAAAUCUCAUAUACUGGGGAAAGCUGAGUGGGAGGCUAGUUUAUCUGGAAAUUUGGCUAUUAGCACAAUGCUAUUCUCUUGUCUUCAAGUGGUUUGGCAGGUGGCUUUCUUGGUAUGGCAUGUGUAUUGUAUAUGUUUCAAUAUCAAAACUGAUGAGUGGAUAAACUGGAGGAGAUAUCCUGAGUUCCAACUAAUUGUCCCACCCCAGCCAGGGCAGCCCGUACCUGAGAUAAGGUUUACAAAUCCUUAUAACAAGGGAAUUUUAUGGAAUUUAAAGGAGUUCCUGACAGCAAAACGAUAACACUCGUGCAUAUUCGCUGUCCUAGCUACAAAUGGUGCUUUGCUUUCUAACAAAUAGGGCAUUUUAUCAUUCCAACAUGGUCGCCUGUUGAAAGUUGGCAGAUGUACUGGCUUAUGAGUGAAACUUUGUUCCGAUUAAACACAACAAAAUCAUCUCGUACCUCUGAAGAUCCUGCUGAUGGUGUUUUAAUUUCUCUCCCGUGUGAAAUGUAGAAAAUGACUUUAGGAUGUGGUAUAGGAAAUGUGGUUUUAGCAUUCAAACUUUGGUCCUUUUGGCGUAAUUUGACUAGCUAACCUUGGACAGAAAUUUGGCAUCAUUUUCAUUUGUAUCCAGUGGCUUGAGCUCGUUGGUGGACCGCACAAUUCUUAGGC